UUUUCAGUCAACGACGGUAGGUUGCAUGCAGUAGCUGUUCCGUACUGUCCUCUCUUCGAAUUUGUUAAAAAUUCUGGUAUCCACGUUUGACAGUUCCUAAAUAUUACAUCAAAUAGUAUCGUGAAAUGGGUUUCAUGAGCUGUCGGUCUAUUUUCACAAAACACUCAGCAGAGCAGUCAAUGAAGGUGUUGGGUAAUCUGCCAAGGGAAAAACUUGGCUUCCAUCGUCAGUUAAGCAGCAGCAUGGCACAUUCGUCUCCGGUGAAGCUGGCAUAUGCUUCUUAUGAGUCGGCGGCGGGAUCAUCGGCGGCUAAAGCUGGAGCUGCUCCAAUCAUAAUUAUACAUGGUCUCUUUGGCUCCAAGAAUAAUUGGAAUUCGUUAUCUAAGGCAAUUCAUCAACGGACAAAUCGUAAGGUGAUAGCUGUAGAUGCAAGAAAUCAUGGAGACUCGCCACAUACUUCAGAGUCGACAUACAGCGAUAUGAUGGAAGAUGUGGUUCUGUUAGUGAAAGACCUAGGAAUUGAAAAAGCAGUGAUGGUUGGCCAUAGUAUGGGUGGGAGGGUAAUGAUGUUCCUGGCUUUGAAUCACCCAGAACUUGUCGAUAAAUUAGUCACGAUUGACAUUUCGCCAGUAAGCAGUAGCUCUAGCCUUUUGUCUAUGACAUCAAUAUUUGAGGCUAUGAAGAACGUGACGCUGGAACAAAAUGUCACGUUGUCCAAAGCUCGUAAGACUACCGAUCAGCAAUUGUCGACAACUAUUAAAUCAACAGCUGUUCGUCAGUUUCUUUUGACAAAUCUAGUGGAGGCAGAAGCAGGUAAGUACAAAUGGCGGGUGAACCUACCAGUUCUCGAGAAGAAUUUCAAAACUCAUCUUACCAAGUUCCCGGCUACAACUAGUCAGUUCAUGGGACCAACUUUAUUCAUCGGAGGCAGUCAGAGCGAUUACAUAAACGUCGAUGAUCAUGAUAAAAUAAAGAAAAUGUUUCCGGCUGCAAAAAUCCAGUACAUCUCUGGAGCUGGUCAUUGGGUGCAUUCAGAAAAAUCACAAGAGUUUCUGGAUCUGAUUACUUCUUUCAUUAAUGAAGUGCAAUGAAAUCACCUUGAAAUUAGCUGGUAAGCUCUAAGAGAAAAGACCAAAGAGUUCCUAGCCAAUGUCAUUUGGAAGUCAUGUAGAAAAUAACAUCGAUGACUGAUCAGAAAGAUAUAUGCUAGCAAGACUGAAAGCAUAUUCACGAGACAGUAGUUACAAUUCAAUCCGGCGAAUGUGCGUUAUCAAAACUUAUGAAAGACAUUCAAGGAUUAAGUAAUAAAUGCAAACAACUUACGA